GCUGCCCGCUUGGUUUUUUCCUACAGUGACCAUUUACCACCGCUGAAUGCCCACACCACAGCAAAUCCGCAUCCUGGAAGAACGAAGGCGGAAAAGAGAAGAGUCUGAACCUGAAGAACAUUAUAAACCUAUUCUGGCGAUAGAAGGUCCUAGGUUUCCUGGUUUUCAGUUUCAAAAACCUGCUGCCCCCAAAGCCGGUGAAAAUUACUUUUGCAUUAAUAACGUUCCGGUAUGGUUAUCAGAUUCACGACAAGACAUGUAUGAGGAGGAACAAGAUCAUGUUAUACGGACAGCGUCCAGUUUGUGGGACUGUGGUGUCAUCCUCGCAAAGUAUUUAGAGAAACAUCCCACAUUGGUAUGCGGCAAGCGUGUCAUCGAACUAGGUGCCGGAAAAGCACUGCCAUCCAUUGCAGCGGCAGCUCUUGGGGCUCGGGUUGUGAUUACUGAUGCUGCUGAUGCCAUCAAUGCAGCACACCAUGUGGCAGAUAUCAAUGACUUGCAUGUCAAUGGUCGGGGGCCUGGCUGGAUAGAGAGUAUUCAGCCAUUAGAUUGGCUUCAUAGAGAAAAAGACUUAGAAAAGCUCUCGCAACCUCCUUUUGAUGUUGUGUUGUGCUCUGAUGUUGUGUGGGUGGAAUAUUUAGUGCCUCAUUUGGUGCAAACCAUGGCUGAAUUACCUCUUGCGCCAAAUGGAGUCAUCUUGCUGGCGCAUCAAACUCGAUCUCUAAGAAUCGAUAACAUAUUGUUUGAAUCUCUACAAACGCAGGGCUUCAUGUUUACUAAAAUAGAAGAAUAUGAACUGCAUCCAGAUUAUACAAAGAAUGGUGUCUGUAUUUGGAGAAUAUACCGAAAAUUAUGCCAUACCUAAUCAUAGACGUUGAGGUAUGUAUAUGUAUAUAAUGAAUAAAGAGGUACCUCAGAAUUAUGUACAGUAGAAAGAGAAGGACACAUGGAAAAAAGAAUGUAGAAAUACUACAUUGUAUAUGAUGGUCUAGGCCCUAAAUCUGCGCCUGAGCUCCUUUGACGAAGAUGACGG